AUGGUAUUUGCGGUAGUUAGCUACUGGCGUCGUCGUGUGGGAGAAGUUUGUCGCCGUUCCUCUUUUCCAUUUCGCCUAACGCAUUCGCCGUCUCUCACUUCUGAGUGUGGUGUUAUUGGUAGCAGUAGUGGUUGUAGUAGUAGUAUUAUUGUUGGUAGCAGCAGCAGCAGCAGAAGUAGUAGUAUAGGCAGCAACAGUUAUGUCUGUUCCAGACGCUUUUUCUGGAAUCCAUUUGCUCGUCGUGAUGGUAAUGGAAAAGGAACUGGUAAAGAUUCUGCAGUGGAUCAGUAUCAGCGUAUCAUGGAGAAAGCGCAGCGGGAUGCGACACUUCAUAAUGAACGGCUUUUAGAUGCUUGUUUAGAUCUGUUAUCUGUAUGUGGAACUGGAAGAGUGGUGAACACAUUGGAGAAGAAGGAAGAAGGUCAAGACUCCAAUUCCGAUGCCGCUAUGGAUAUUAUUGCAGCUGUGGUGGAAACAACCCUGCAUGAUUUUCGUAAAACCCCCUCUGAACAGUUUGAUCUUGUUUAUUCCGCUUUAUGUCUACCGUUUGUACGGGGAGAUCGUCAUGUGCAGCGGUGUUUAAUGGUGGUGUUGGAGGCAAUUCUACCGGAGGCACUUUUCCGUGUGUUUGAAAGCACAGACUUAAUUGUCAUGGACCCGCAGGACACUCUUCGGCGAGAGGCACUACUGCGACUCGUCCAUGCCCUUCUCGGUGCGGAGACGGAAGAUACGGAAACUGUUAAGAAAGAUAAUAAUAAUAAUAAUAAUAAUAAUAAUAAUAAUAAUAAUAAUAAUAAUAAUAGUGAUAGUGAGACUUUACAGAAGAAGGAGAAGGAACCUGCGGAGGUGCGACUGGUGGUGUAUGUGGCUGCCGUACGCGCUGCCUUUCCCGCACUGCAGAGUAGUCCUGCGUUUGCGGCUCUGGAGGCGGAUGCGAUUGGCAUUGCGAUGCGGGCCCGUUUGUAUCUUCUCGUUGGGCAGUUGUGUGCCUUGUUGGAUGUGGACGGGACGGGGACGGUGGCGCUGGCGGACCUGCGCGAGACGGCGGAGCGGGUGUUGGGGGAAAAUGGGGCCCGGGCGUUGCUGCAGGGGGCGCGGCCAGACGAGAAGGGAAGAAUACGGUACAGGCAACUCAUGGCUCUCAUCACCCGCCCACCGCCGACAAGAGCGGAGUAG